GCCACAGUACAAAGUGAAGAACUGCCUACGGUCAGGGGACUCGUGUCGGCAUAGUCACGUGCGGCAUCUCCCCACCAUCACCGCAUCCAAAGCCGCAAAGCACAACAACCAAAGCCCCUCUAUCUCUCCUCCAUCUCCUUCUCACUUUCACCUUUCCCAUCUGUCCAGGAAGAAGAUUUGCGAGUUUGUUAUCGCUUCCUAUUCUCCUCUUAAGAACACCUCUAGCCUUCUUUACCCUCCGCCGGGUUCAUAUUUUCGGUUUCUUUUUUCCUGUUUAAUUGAAAUUCACACUACAAGUGGUAAACUAUGUCGCUCGCAUCUGGUGUUUCCGUCGGUGACGAUGUCGUCGGUGUGUUCAACGAGUUCCGCACGAGCGCAAACUCCAAGGCGGACAGAAUCAAGUUUGUGAUCUUCAAGAUCUCCGACGACAAGAAGGACGUUGUCGUCGACGAGGCCUCGACGGAAACCGACUAUGAGGUCUUCCGCAACAAGCUCGCGGACGCCAAGGAUGACAAGGGCAAACCCGCUCCUCGCUACGCUGUCUACGAUGUUGACUUCGAAAUCCCCAAUGAAGGCAAGAGAUCCAAGAUUGUUUUCAUCGCUUGGGUGCCCGACGAUGCUCCCACUUUGUGGCGCAUGGUCUACGCCAGUACCAAGGAGGAUUUGAAGAGGGCGCUUAAAAUCACCAGCGAAAUCCACGCCGACGACAAGUCCGACAUUGAAUGGAAGACGGUCCUUUCUGACGCGAGCAAUAAGAAGGCUGCUGGAUUGCAAAACUAAUGGUGUCGGCUGGGUCCGGGCCAUGUUGGUGCGUUAGAGCAGACUUAGAUGAUUGCGCAGCACCGCUCUGUCGCCGUGUUUCGUUUAUUUCCUCUUCUUCGGAGUAAUCCAAUUCGCAAUGAGAUCCCCGUUUGCUCGGCAUAUACGUUAGCUUUCAAUGU